AUGAACACGAGAAAGGGAGGCACUGAUAUAUUCAGAGACACACCUGUCCGCUAUUUAGGCUAUGCGAAUGAAAUUGGAGAAGCUUUUCGAGCUCAAAUUCCAAUAAAUGCUGUGAGAUUGAGCUAUGGUGUUGCUAGUGGAUAUGUAGUCGCUGAUGCCAUUCAUAAAGGCAAGGAGGCUUCAGAGAAAACUUGGGAGAAUGAGGGACAGAAAUCAUCACAGGUACGAUGGGCAGUCCUUGAUACAUUACUGUGGCAGGGGCUUGCCUCUGUAAUCAUACCAGGGUUCACUAUCAACCGAUUGUGUGCUUUAAGUACAUACACUUUCACAAAGAACUCCAAGUUUCCAAUUUCAACCAGGAAAUGGAUUACAACAGUAAUUGGAUUGGCUUGUAUACCAUUUAUCAUCAAGCCGAUAGAUAAAUCCGUGGACGCUCUGAUGGAAAACACUUUCAGGAAGUGGUACCAUAUAGGACCAGUGAUGGAAACUGUUGUUCACCAUGAUAGAAAUGAUUAG